CUUCGGACAUUGUCUCAGAGGUGCCUAGUCGCUCUUGGACCGUGUCACAGUGUAUAUCAGCUCGUAUUUUAAAUUUAAUUUUAAUUUGAAGUCAGUCUAGUUAACAGCAUUCUUGUCGUCAGUGUUAAAGUGAUUAGUUUCUGUACAAUAUUAAUAAAUAAUUGCAAAAUGUGUUCCCUAAAUAGUGUUAUCGUUGCCAUUAUUUUGAUGAGUGUGGCAAUGGCAAAGCAAUUACAAACACAAGAUGCGAUAGGUUUCCCUGAAGUGGAAGAGGAUCAGAAUUCUGUUAACAAAGACCACCGGCAGCCUGUUUACAUUCCCUCGAUGUGUCCUGACAGCGAAUUGUACUACCCAGGGGACCAGAAAGACGACUGGAUUUGCGAUUGCAGGCCAGCAUUUUUAUAUCAUCCCAAAUCGGACGCUUGUUGGCCAGCUUAUAGAAAAGGCCCGUGCCAGGAUGGAGAGUACCUCGUGUUAAAACCGGAGUCUGCCAUACCUGUGUGUGAGAAGAACCCUUGCUCCAUUGAUACAUACGUUCAAUACAAUGGAAGGUGUGAACAGCUGGCCACCAUCGCGCCCUGCAGACACAUGUGGCCCAUUCCAGCUGCACUCGCUGUCAAUGCCACCAACUUAGCUGUAACCUGCGAGAGGCUCAACUUAGAGUCCAGGUUUGGGGAAGAGACCAGCGCAAUAGUACUAUUGCCAUGCCCGCCAGGCAGUAAACGAAGUAUUAAGGGCAAAUGUAUUCCUGUAGUAGGAUAAUUAAGUUUAUUGAUUAUGAUUAUUUGUAAUAUUAAUUAUCGUAUUUAUGAUUGUUAUCUAAAAAUGUAUGACUAUAAAUAGCUUUUGUACCUAA